AUGGCUUGCGAUCUAUCCUCCAUACCGUUAGAUGAAGUCAACCAAGUUCUCGUGCUGAAAGAAUGGCUGAGGAUGUUUUGGAGAGAUGAGUUCCUUACUUGGAACCCAGCGGACUACGACAAUAUCACCGAGAUCAAAGUUCCAAGAAGUUUGAUUUGGCUUCCUGACGUCAUAAGAAUCGAUGUACUUGAUCAAUCCCAACUCAUGGACGAUGAUCGUAGUUUUGUACUACUAGAUCAUACUGGCUUUAUCCGACACUCAGUGGAUCAUGUGCUCAAAGUGUUUCCUUUCGAUCAUCAAAACUGCACAAUCCACUAUGAACCAUGGCAUUCCACACUAAAGGAAGUUUUUAUUGAAGUGCAUCCUGAACCUGACAUUAAUAAUUAUCGUCCCAGCAACGAAUGGGACCUAAUCUCCUACAAAUCUCGCACAGGAAUAGGAUCGUAUCCUCCUAUCUUAUCCGACUCCACCUCUCGUGCUUAUUACGACAUUGUUAUUAAGAGAAGGUAA